AUGGUUUCUAUGCCAAAUCAUCCAGAAACUGAACCCAAAUGGUGGAAAGAAGCCACUGUUUACCAGAUCUAUCCAGCAAGUUUCAAGGACUCAGACAACGAUGGCUGGGGUGACAUGAAGGGAAUUUACUCCAAGUUGGAUUACAUCAAAGAGCUGGGAGCAGACGCUAUCUGGAUCUCUCCGUUCUAUGACUCGCCCCAAGACGACAUGGGCUACGACAUUGCCAACUACGAAAAGGUGUGGCCCACGUACGGUACAAACGAGGACUGUUUCAAGGUGAUCGAGAAGACACACAAGUUGGGCAUGAAAUUCAUCACUGAUCUCGUGAUCAAUCACUGUUCCAGCGAGCACGAGUGGUUCAAGGAAAGCAGAUCCUCCAAGACCAACCCCAAGCGCGACUGGUUUUUUUGGAGGCCUCCUAAGGGCUACGACAAGAACGGAGCGCCAAUACCUCCUAACAACUGGAAAUCUUACUUUGGCGGCUCUGCCUGGACCUUUGACGAGAAAACACAGGAGUUUUACUUGCGCUUGUUCGCCUCCACACAACCUGACCUGAACUGGGAGAGUGAGGAGUGCAGAAAAGCGAUUUAUGAAAGCUCUGUUGGAUUCUGGCUUGACCAUGGUGUCGACGGAUUCCGGAUUGACGUGGGAAGUCUGUACUCGAAAGUUCCAGGUCUCCCCGACGCUCCAAUUGUUGACAAGGACUCGGAGUGGCAAUCCAGCGACCCUCUGACUUUGAACGGCCCUCGCAUCCACGAGUUCCACCAAGAAAUGAACAAAUUCAUGAGAGACAGAGUGAAAGACGGGAGGGAGAUAAUGACUGUUGGCGAGAUGCAACACGCUCCCAAUGAAGUGAAAAAGAUGUACACCAGCGCAUCAAGACAUGAACUGGGGGAACUAUUCAACUUUUCUCACACAGAUGUCGGAACUUCACCAUUGUUCCGCUACAACUUAGUUCCAGCUGUUUUGAAGGAUUUCAAAGUAUCACUUGCGGAGCUCUUCGAAUACAUAAACGGAACCGACUGUUGGUCUACUGUGUACUUGGAGAACCACGAUCAACCUCGCUCAAUUACCAGGUUCGGUGAUGACUCUCCCAAAUACCGCGUUGUUUCUGGCAAGAUGCUUUCUGUAUUGUUGACGGCUUUGACAGGAACCUUGUAUAUCUACCAGGGCCAGGAAUUAGGCCAGAUAAAUUUCAAAAACUGGCCAGUUGAGAAGUAUGAAGAUGUUGAAAUCAGAAACAACUUCAGGGUGAUCAAAGAGGAACACGGUGAGAAUUCUGUGCAGAUGAAGAAAUUUUUAGAAGCAGUCGCUCUAAUUUCAAGAGACCAUGCGAGAACACCGAUGCAAUGGAGCGGCGAAGAGCCUAACGCUGGAUUUUCGGGCCCUGAUGCUAAGCCGUGGUUCUACUUGAAUGAAUCGUUCAGAGAAGGUAUUAAUGUCGAAACGGAGGAGAAAGACCCUGACUCUGUUCUAAACUUUUGGAAGAAAGCUUUAAAAUUUAGAAAGGAACAUAAAGACAUUGCUGUCUAUGGCUACGAUUUUGAAUUCGUCGACUUGGAAAAUAAAAAAUUGUUCAGCUUUACGAAGAAGUAUGGAAAGAAGACGAUGUUCACGACAUUGAACUUUAGUUCGGACGAAGUUGACUUUGAAUUUCCAAAUGAUGUUUCAUACUCCCUGGCUUUCGGAAAUUAUGACGAAGGCCAAGUUGACGCAUCUUCCAAAACCCUAAAACCAUGGGAAGGAAGAAUUUACAUCAAUGAAUCUGCUUAA